CCCGCCCCUGCGCCCGCCCCACCAGCGGAGGCGCCGCCGCCAUCGGUCGUCACCAGACCGGAGCCGCAGGCCCUCCCGAGCCCGGCCAUCCGUGCUCCGCUCCCAGAUCUCUAUCCAUUUGGGACCAUGCGCGGAGGCGGCUUUGGGGACCGGGACCGGGAUCGUGACCGUGGAGGAUUUGGAGCAAGAGGUGGCGGUGGUGGCCUUCCCCCAAAGAAAUUUGGUAAUCCUGGGGAGCGUUUACGGAAAAAGAAGUGGGAUUUGAGUGAGCUCCCCAAGUUUGAGAAGAAUUUUUAUGUGGAACAUCCAGAAGUAGCAAGGCUGACUCCAUAUGAGGUUGAUGAACUACGCCGAAAGAAAGAGAUUACAGUGAGAGGUGGAGAUGUUUGUCCUAAGCCCGUGUUUGCAUUCCAUCAUGCUAACUUCCCACAAUAUGUGAUGGAUGUGUUGAUGGAUCAGCACUUCACUGAACCAACUCCAAUUCAGUGCCAGGGAUUUCCUUUGGCUCUUAGUGGCCGGGAUAUGGUGGGCAUUGCUCAGACGGGCUCUGGAAAGACAUUGGCGUAUUUGCUGCCUGCAAUUGUUCACAUUAACCACCAACCGUACUUGGAAAGGGGAGAUGGCCCAAUUUGUCUCGUGCUGGCUCCUACCAGAGAGCUUGCCCAGCAGGUGCAGCAGGUGGCUGAUGACUAUGGAAAAUGUUCUAGAUUGAAGAGUACUUGCAUCUAUGGAGGUGCUCCUAAAGGUCCUCAGAUUCGGGACUUGGAAAGAGGUGUUGAAAUCUGCAUAGCUACUCCUGGACGCCUGAUAGAUUUUCUGGAAUCAGGGAAGACAAAUCUUCGCCGAUGUACCUACCUUGUACUGGAUGAGGCCGACAGAAUGCUUGAUAUGGGCUUUGAACCCCAGAUCCGUAAAAUUGUUGACCAAAUCAGGCCUGACAGGCAGACGUUGAUGUGGAGUGCAACCUGGCCAAAAGAAGUAAGACAGCUUGCAGAGGAUUUCCUUCGUGAUUACACUCAGAUCAAUGUUGGCAAUCUGGAGUUGAGUGCCAACCACAAUAUCCUCCAGAUUGUGGAUGUCUGCAUGGAAAGUGAAAAAGACCACAAGUUAAUUCAACUAAUGGAGGAAAUAAUGGCUGAAAAGGAAAAUAAGACGAUAAUAUUUGUGGAAACAAAGAGACGCUGUGAUGACCUCACUCGAAGGAUGCGCAGAGAUGGUUGGCCAGCUAUGUGUAUCCAUGGAGACAAGAGUCAACCAGAAAGAGAUUGGGUACUUAAUGAGUUCCGUUCUGGAAAAGCUCCCAUCCUCAUUGCCACAGAUGUAGCCUCCCGAGGGCUAGAUGUGGAAGAUGUCAAGUUUGUGAUCAACUAUGACUAUCCAAACAGCUCAGAGGAUUACGUGCACCGGAUUGGUCGAACAGCCCGUAGCACCAACAAGGGCACCGCCUAUACCUUCUUCACCCCAGGGAACCUAAAGCAGGCCAGAGAGCUGAUCAAAGUGCUGGAGGAAGCUAAUCAGGCUAUUAAUCCAAAACUGAUGCAGCUAGUGGACCACAGAGGAGGCGGCGGCGGAGGGGGUAAGGGAGGUCGUUCUCGAUACCGGACCACUUCUUCAGCCAACAAUCCCAAUCUGAUGUAUCAGGAUGAAUGUGACCGGAGGCUUCGAGGAGUCAAGGAUGGUGGCCGGAGAGACUCUGCAAGCUAUCGGGAUCGUAGUGAAACCGAUAGAGCCGGUUAUGCUAAUGGCAGUGGCUAUGGAAGUCCAAAUUCGGCUUUUGGAGCACAAGCAGGCCAAUACACUUAUGGUCAAGGCACCUAUGGGGCAGCUGCUUAUGGCACCAGUGGCUAUACUGCCCAAGAAUAUGGUGCUGGUACUUACGGAGCUAGUAGCACCACCUCAACUGGGAGAAGUUCACAGAGCUCUAGCCAGCAGUUUAGUGCGUUAGGUCGGUCUGGGCAACAGCCACAGCCACUGAUGUCACAACAGUUUGCGCAGCCUCCAGGAGCUACCAAUAUGAUAGGUUACAUGGGGCAGACUGCCUACCAAUACCCUCCUCCUCCUCCCCCCCCUCCCCCAUCACGUAAAUGAAACCACGCAAGUGGUAGUGACUUAAGCAGACUUUACAUUUAAAGGAACGCUGUCUUUUUUUUUUUUUUUUCCCCUUUUCUUUUUCCUUUUUCUUUUUCCCCAACCAUUGUGAUUUGUCUUUUCAUGCAGAUUAGUUAGAAUUCACUGCCAGGUUUCUUCUGCCCGCCAAAAUGAUCCAGUCUGUAAUAACAGAUUUUGUAAAAAUAUAUAUAUAAAUAACCGACUGGAAGAGAUUAAUUUCUUCCCCCAACUUCUUGCAUGUUGAGGAUAUUUGAGCUAUUUUUCACCCUAAGAUGUAUUAGACCCCCUUUUUGGGAGCCCAUUUUUUUUGUUGUCCUGAGUUGGUGGGAGGGAAGGGCUGAAGAAGGAAGAUGGCAUCUGUGCUUUAAAUUGCCCUCAUUGCUGGGUUAGAAAUCCAAGAGGGAUUAUCUCCCUGCACAUCUUCCAAAAUGCUUUUUAAUGUUUCUCACAUUGGAACAGGUUUCCUUUGGCCUGAUGACUUUUUAAGACAUUGUUUUUGCCACUGGCAUUUUGGCUGAUUUCUCAAGUGUGUUUGACAGUUUAAAAUUUCUAAUUGGUUUAGUCUCCUUUAUACUGCCUUCUCCCCUGUCCCUUCCCAGUUACUGAGAGAGAACCAUUUUAGUGUCAAGUUAGAAAUGGAACUGGUGAGUCUGAGUCUAUCUUUUAAAUGAACCACAGGCAUUUAUUGCAGUGGUUAAACUUGCAGCAUUUCAGCAACUGGGUGGUUAGCUGCCUGUUUUUCUUCCCCAUCUAACCAGGGACCAUCUGUGAAAUUUCAUCUUCCAGCCAGAGAACUGCUGUGAGUAGAUGAAUAUAACAGUUCACUGGAAAUUGACUAUUAACUAGUGGAGUCCAUGCAUUUACCUGCAGUGUAAAAGCACACUUAAUUAUAAACAAAAACAAAACA